UUAAAUCCGUACUUCUACUCUGUGCUUCUAUAAAAAUCCGUCGCCGGCGCUCCCACUAAAACAGGAAAAGAGGAAGAAGAAACGCGUUCUCUCAGUCUCUCUCUCUCUCGCCUCUGCUGGUGAUCAUACAUUGCAUACACAUUAACGAUGCUUCUACGAAGCGCAUCUACGCCAAUACUUAACUCAUGGAUCCCUCACUCCAAAGAAUCCUCACCAGAGCCUGAAAUCUUUCACCAAAUCCACAAAACUCGAUCGCUUGCUUUAACAGCUUCUUGUUCCUGUUCAUUCUCUUCGUCUUCUAUUUCCUCUUAUGAUGAGUCGAUCAAGAAAAUGACCAAAGCCCUCUCUGAGAACGAUCUCAAACACCUUUCGGUGCCGAAGAAGAAACCCGUCAACAAAAUCAUGGAUGGGAUCACGCUUGAGGAGGAAGACGAGAAAACGGCGUUGAUGGGUCCUGGUUUGUCUAUUGAAUCUAGUUUGUUAAAUGAGGAGUGCGACGUUAGGACGAAAGAUAAUGGGUUGCUGGGGCUUUUGGUGGGUGGUGGAAUUGGUAGUGGUGGCGGGAAAAUCUGUGGCGGAGGUGGUGGGAAUGGUGGAUCGGACAGCGGAGGUGAUGGCAACUCUGGGUUUUGGGAUUCAAAUAGCGGGAAUGAUAGUACAGAUAUUUAUUAUCAAAAAAUGAUCGAAGCAAAUCCGGGGAAUUCGCUGUUGCUCAGCAAUUAUGCGAAAUUCUUGAAAGAGGUUCAAAAAGAUUAUGUAAAGGCUGAAGAGUACUGUGGAAGAGCAAUCUUAGCAAACCCCAAUGAUGAAAACGUUUUAUCUAUGUACGCUGAUUUGAUAUGGCAGAGGCAUAAGGAUGCUUCUCGUGCUGAGACAUAUUUCGAUCAAGCUGUUAAAGCGGCCCCUAAUGAUUGUUUUGUGCUAGCAUCAUAUGCUCGGUUUCUAUGGGAUGCUGAAGAAGAAGAUGAGGAGGGGCAAGGAGAAGAGAUGAGUGAAUCAUCACCACCGACUGUGUUUCAUGGAAAGCCACCUCCUUUAGCUGCUGCUUCAUAAAUUUUCUCUGUUAAUUUUGUAUCAUAGCUUGGAUAUAACCUCUGACCUGUGUUCAUAUUUCCUUUCAUUUAGGUUUUUUUCCCCUUGCUGAGAUGAGUUAUUUUAACCAAUUUCUACAUUUUGCCUAUGGUUGUUGAUCCAUAUCCUGUAGAAAGGAAAAUAAGAAAUGGAAUGAAUCUUUAUUGGGAAA